AUGGCAAGUGAGCUUUCCUUUCUUACAAGUGAAAGUAAACACAGCGUUAGCUGGUACUGUAAUGACUGCCGGACGCCAACUAACCUGUGGAAAGGAGGUAACGAACAGGCAGAGGAAAAUAACGAUGACGUCGUCUUGAUAGGGACGAAAAACCGUCAGGAUGCUAAAACUGUACCAAAGGCAUGUAAACAACAUCAAGGUAAACUCUGUGAUCUUUACUGCUCGGACUGCAAGGAGCUGAUUUGUUCAAUGUGUGUUUCUAACAUGGAGAAGCUACAAGUCCGAAAAUCUUUCGAAGACCAAUUUUCUGUCAAAAAGCAACGAAUACAGAAAUAUAUGACCGAUAUAUGUGAUAUAAUAACACAUCCGAAGACGGCAAGUAGCGGAAAAUAUGAUAACGAUUUAUUCAUCGACAAUAUUAAUAUUAUCAGGACAAAGAAGAUGACAAAUACUCAUGUUGAUUAUAUUGCGGAUUGUGUGAAGGCUGAACUGUCGUCUCUCUCGGACGAAGAGUUCACGAUGCAUAAGAAAUAUCGUCAACUUUCUGUAGAAACAGUUGAGGAGUUGAAGGGUUUGGAUAACGACACGGAAAUGGCGGACACAUCAUGCGUACCCAUGUGCGAAUCUGAAUGUUCAUCUAGGACAUCAAUGCCCAGUUUUGAUACAAAUGUAAAAUAUAUCUUGCCCGACAGAUCAAUUUAUGUUUCCGAAAAUUUUGACGGUGCUCUGGAUAUGUUGGAUGAAUUACACAUUGAGAGCCAGCAUGUGGUUAACGAUAUCAGCAGUUAUUAA